AUGACGACCACCACUGCUCCAACAACAGCCGAGGAAAAGGCUACUUCAGUUGCUGCUCCUAUCACCACUACUACUACCACCACCGCUACAAUCACGGCUCCAUCCCAACAGACAUCGUCGACCGGCCUCCCUAUGGCUACUCCAGGUGGCGUCCCUCCUUCGCCUCGUUUGCGACAGAUUUCUGCUACUUCCGCUGCCAGCGUCGCCCGUCGUCCCUCAUCUUCUCUAUCCGAUGCGCGGGAUCCGAGCUCUUCCCGUCGUCACUCAGAACAGAGGAUGCUUCCUCCACCGGCACCUCUUACCCAACCGCCCUUCGCACAACCGCCAUCGCCUGGCGGAAGUAUCAGGAGCGUAAGCAGCAUUAGCGGCAGCGAUAUUGGUGUUGGAAGCGGACCAGGUCCUACCCGUCUGCCCCACCAGUUGUCGCCCGCUGAGAUCUAUGCUGAAGUAGAGAAGGAGCAAGAGGCCGCUGUCAACCGUCUUACUCGACAGCUCUCCAUACUUCGAGCACAACAAACCAUGUCACCCACCUCUCACCCAAUUUCGGACGACCUUAGCGGCACUUACCCUUCCACUUACCUUUCUCCACGUAGCCGUCGAACAUCAUCGAAUGCCUCUACCGCUCUUACUAAUGCCGCUACAAUCGGCAGUACCAUGGCAGGAAGCUCACUCUCGCGCCAGAGCAGUAUCCAAUCCCUCUCCGCCGCUAGAGGCGACCCUACUGCUGCAUCAGCUCCAGUUCCAACUCGCCCGGCCCCUAUCCCUAUGUCUCGCCAGAGUUCCGUUCGUAGCAUUUCUGGUUCGAGGGCCAGUGGCCGAAACUCGCCAGCUCUAGGAGAGUCAGAUAGUCCAUACCCGUAUUUUGGUUCCCAAUACUACUACGCUUCGCCACAUGCCCCACUCGGAAGCAGCAGCUGGAAGGAUAACGCUGGCAUGGCUCAUUUGCACAAUCACCACCACUCGCGAGAGCGAGAGAGAGCCGAGUAUGCUGGUAGUGAGGCAGGGGGCUCAGAGAGGGGCCUAGGUGUCAGCUAUUCUAGCUCAGCCGGUGGACAUCCUCGAUAUGAGGAGGUCCUGACAGCUCGUAACGAAUUGGAGAAUGUCAAGAAGGAGAAUGAAAAGCUCAAGGAGAAGAUCCGAGAGUUGGAGAAGGCUUUGUCUGGUGUUAACGUCACUGGAACCCCGUCAAGUGAAAAAGAAAAGGAGACCAAGCCGGAAACUGAUCUUAAGAGUGGGGAGCCGUGA